AUGGUAAUAAAUGAUGAUGGUGAUGGGGAUGAUGGUAAUAUGAUGGAAUUGUUGACUGGUAAUGAUAUUUAUCGUCAAUCAAUGGUGAUGUUGGUGGUUAUGAAGAUUGUAAUAAUCAUGGUGUAUGUUGGUGAUGUUGAGUCGUAAGAACUUGUGCAUAAGUUGGGCUGGAACAUGCCAAGUUUUACGACAGGAGGAAACGGGAGUACCGGAGAAAACAUGCAGGACCUUGCGACAUCAGAUAACUGCAUAUUGGUCACAUACUUAGACUGAUGGUAAUAAUGAUGAUGGUGAUGGGGAUGAUGGUAAUAUGAUGGAAUUGUUGACUGGUAAUGAUAUUUAUCGUCAAUCAAUGGUGAUGUUGGUGGUUAUGAAGAUUGUAAUAAUCAUGGUGUAUGUUGGUGAUGUUGAGUCGUAA